AUGCUGCUUCUCCUCGUCUGGAGAAACACAAGCAGAGGAACCAGGAAGCCAUGUGGAGAUGGAUGGGGGAGGAAAGACGGAUCUACCUGCAGCAUCAGUUAUGUUUUAGAAAGGGACUCAGGUGUGUACUGGUGUGAGUCCACAUCUGGAUCCUCCCCCAGCAGCAGCAGCAGCAUCCAGCUCUCUGUCUCUGGUGGAUCAGUGAUCCUGCAGAGUCCUGUCCUCCCUGUGAUGGAGGGAGAUGACGUCACUCUGAGCUGCAGAGCAAAGAGUCCAGCCCACAACCUCCCAGCUGCUUUCUAUAAAGAUGGCUCCUUCAUUGGUGAUGGACCAUCAGGUCACAUGACCCUCCUCCAUGUCUCCAGCUCUGAUGAAGGCCUCUACCAGUGCARCAUCAGCGGUCAGGGAGAGUCUCCAUCCAGCUGGAUCUGGGUCAAAGAAAAACCAGCAACCACAUCUGAAGCUCCGCCCACAUCUGAAGCCCCGCCCCUUUAUGUAGCUCCGCCCUCUUCCUCCUCCCCUCUCCUCAUCGUCACUCUGCUCUGCCACCUGGUGGUGAUGUUCCUCUUCUUCUUCUGCUCUUUCCUCUUGGGGUUUUCAUCUGGACUCAGAGCCAAAGGAAGUGACCUGUCACCCUGUGUGAAGGUGACUCCGCCCCCCCAGGCCGACCUGGUACCGGAUGAUUAUGAUGACGUCAUCACAGAGCAUCACUUCUGACCCAAACAAUCCCAU